UCACUUUUCCAAUCGCACAGAUCUAAAUUAAUCAUUUCUCCAUGUCGUUAUUCUACGAUUUGUGAAGAAAAAAUGGCUCGGCUUCUUGUCUUCAACUUUGGAAUUGUGCUUUUAUCCCAGUGUAUCUUGGAUAUUCAGUGCACUGACAAAAUCUUCAUAACAGACGUGAUUCAUGGCAAGGUCUUCGUCGGCGAGAACACUGGCCCAUAUUUCUAUGGGGAGGACAUCGAGGAAAUCGACCUGGCAGGCGUUGAGGCUCCCGUAGGCAUUGACUACGAUUAUCGAACCAACAGGAUAUAUUGGACUGAUGAGGAGACUAAAAGAAUCAGUCGGGCUUUCAUCGAUGGGUCGGGGCAAGAAAUAAUAGUUAACGAAAACCAAGGCAUUGGAACCCCAGAAGGGAUAGUCUUAGAUCUAGCGGCGAGCCGAUUGUAUUGGACGGAUAUACUGCUAGAACGUAUUACGAGUGCUAGUCUGGACGGGAGUAACCGCCGAACUAUUAUAAGUAGUGGUCUUUAUCUCCCAUGGAGCAUAACCAUUUCUCAAAAAAGAGGAAAACUGUAUUGGUGUGACGAAGGUCUGACAACUGGAAAGAUUGAAAUGUCAAACAAAGAUGGUUCCGAUCGGAGAAAGUUGAUUACAGCAUCCCUUACACAACCUUACGGAGUGGCCCUUGAUUCACAAGAACAACGCUUGUACUGGACGGAAGGUUUUCAUGAUGUCAUAGAGUCGAUCGAUCUCGAUGACUUAUCCGACCGGAGAGAUCACGUUUACGCCGUAAGUGGGGACUUAACCCUCUUUGGCAUCUCACUCUAUUUCAACUCAAUCUACUUUACCGACUUCUCGUCGCGAGGUCUUCAUGCGUCUGAAAUCGGGGUUGAGGAUAUCAGGGAGGUUACUGGAUUUACAGAAGGGUCACCUACACAUGUCAAGAUCUAUGCAGACUUAACCUGUGAUACACCCUGCAUUGGUAACAGUCGAUGUCAGUUGAUCGCGUAUGAUACUCCAGAAUGCGUUUGCAUAGUUGGAUGGGAGGGGUUCAACUGUCUCACACGUGUUACGUGUACCCUGCCAGACCCCCCGUCAAUGGCCUCAUUCGUCAACCCUAGCGACAGCUACUCAUCAAGUACUACAGUGACAGUCGUGUGUGACAAUGGCAAUGACCAAGUUGAGUGGAUCUGUAACGGUUAUACGGGGGAUUUUGAUCGUGAACCAAUCGAUUGCAGCUCUCCAGAAGCAGCAGGACCAUCGACUGCAUUAAUCGGCGGGAUUAUUGGCGGAGUAGUGCUCUUGGUGUUGAUUUGCGUCAUUGUCUACUGUGCGACGCGCAAGCCCCAAAGAACUCCGGCGGCCCCCGCCCAGACUUCUGCUGGCCCAACACUCGUCUACACUGUGAGGGCCCAACAACAGGUUUUCACAGCCGAGCGCCCUGCUGUUAAUGAGAUAUCCAAUAUCAACCAGGUUUCCCCCAUGAACAUGAUGAACCCUUCCGGUUCAUCAGUUGCUACGUCGGGCAUGGAAGAUAAGAAGCAGACGGAACAUGAAUACAUGUCGACGAUGGAUAUGCGAGCCGCAAUGCCCCCUCCCUACACAUCUAAUCGCGAGUACUAAUGGUGGGGCGGAGUAAUUUCGUUUGGCUCCUUUGAAAUGUAGAAUGGUUUGUGUUCGUGUUUGACUUUGAAAAAAAAAAUACUCGAUCAAAUCGUAUUAUAAAGAGUUAAUGCAAACUAAUUUGCGAAUAACGGAAAUUCAUUAUUAAAUUAACUGAGCAAAAAUAUAAAUUAACGAUACAAUAACUGAAACUGAGAUAAUUCAGAGAUAUGAAAUAGACAUCCACAUAAUACAGAAACACAUAAACAUAUUUGUAGACGUUAGAGAUCGACAUGAUCUCGAGGAACAAACAGAUGGUCAGCCUAUACUAACAUUUGGUUUCUUUGACAAAGAAAUAUGUAAAACCACAGAGACGGCAUAUAUUUUUAUGUCUCUAUGGCAAAAACCAAUCAAUCUGAUAUCUCAUUUGAUAUGAGGGCACCUGAAAAGUUUAGAAUUUCCUCCGGGUGUACUGUACGUAAGCUUUAAGGCCCCCUCACACCUAACCGAAUUGCCUGAAAUAUGCCUUGCGAUGGCUGGCGAAAGGCAUUUUUCAAAAAUCGUUUUCAAUGGUAACUGAUAGUAAAUCAUAUUUACCCUUCGUGUUUGGGUUCGUACAUCUUCUGAACUAACAGCUGCGAUUAUUCAAAUUCGCGCGGAAAUUUUGAUCAUGUUCAAAAUUUCCCGACGAAUUGAAAAAUCGUUGGUCAUCUGUUUGAAUUCGCAUCUCUUAUAUAGUCUGCGGUAAUCGUUCGUUUAUCGUUCGUGUGUUUUUGUCGCUCAUCGUCCCUCUUCGCGCUUUUGCCAAAGUGGCCCGAUCUCGAAAGAACCCGUAACGAAGCAACACGAUGACACAACGAACAAGAUUGCCUGAUAUAUUCCCUCGCCUUCGUUUCUAAUCGCACGCAAUGUCAAACCAUUGCUCAUUGUACCUUCGUCUUAUUUGGUUAUAUCAACCCUUCGCUCGCCUUCGGCCGCAAUUUUCUCAAAGAGGUGAGCCGAAAAAUCGAUAUCCUUUGCAUGACAUAUUUAUCCUUCGCUGUACCGCUCGUUGAUAAAAUGUGACAAUUGUUACUGAUUGCAUGAUUUGACGGAAAUUUUAUUUGAAUUCGUUGAAUUCGCGUGCAUUUCGUUCAUAUUUCCCUUUCGUCACCCUUCGUCCGCCUACAUUCGGUCAGGUGUGAGGGGGCUUUUAGGUCAAACUGUUAAUAAGCAACAAAUCAAUAUUGUGAUGGUGUUUUUAAUCAAGAGUAAAGAAUAUGGUAAUGGUUUUUGUAUACACAGUGUUGCAUGUAAAUAAUCAUGAAGACAUUUUAUUAGUUUACCUGCAAUAAAUUUUCAAUAUCAUUAAUACAAAUCUUCUCUCUGUGCGGUAUUAGAGGAGAUAGGACCUUACUUGGAGUGGUCUAUGGGCUUCUUUAACUAAAUGUAGAAAAUUGAUAUCCUCUCCUGUGGUUCGUCUUCCAUAAUUAUGCUCAUUUUUAGAUCUUAGAGAGCAGUAAUGAAACAAAUAAGCAGUGGCAUCCACUGAGUAUUGUUACAAGGUACUGCAAUCAUUGUAUCUGAUUGGCUUAGAACACAUUACGCAGUGUGAAGAAUAAGAUCACUGAAUGAUUAGUCUUUUAAUGGAACGCUUCCACUGAAUAAUUAGGCUUUUAAUGGAACGCUUCCACUCUUGGUUUAUCUGUAUGUGCGCUGUCGUUUUCUCUUCGUAUGUUAAAUCAAUAGACUUCAGUAAUUCACGUGUUACCUUAUAAUCAAGAGUAUUCAUUUUUUUAUAUCAGAAGCGUAUCAGGGCCAUAGCAAGCCUCGAUCAGACGUGGGUAGUCGGAGUGUAAUUUUCUUAUGCAUGGAUGAAGAUUCCAAUUGUUGGUCGUCUUAUCACGACCAAGACGUAGGCAGUUUUGGUCGGAUCGAGUAUUAAGGGUCGGAAGAAGCUCGGUCGGAGGAUGCUAAGUCAGAGUAAGUUCGGAAGGAAGGCCUGAGUAGAGCCCGUCUGUACAGUGUAUUCAAUUAGUUAUCUAUACCAAUGUUUUGUUCGAGUCAUAUCUUUUUAAAAACAUAUUUCUUGUUAUCUUUGGCCCGCAUUCUGAAGUCAGGUUUUAUUUACUUAGACCAUGGUCUAACUCAGUGCUAAAAUUUUGGGAAGCCAAAAGUGUCAAUUUUUUUUUUAAGUUGUAUGUUUCUUAUGUUUACUAUGCUCUUGCCUGAUUCAUCGAUGGUGAAGACAAUCUUCUACUUAUACUUCCUAGACAAUUAUGAAUGAUUUGAGAGCCAAAUGAGCUGGAAUAUUAUAUCUCUACUGUUAGUGAUUUAGGUAACAAUUGGCUAUCCAUACUUAAACCACAACUUUAAACCUGAGUUUAAGUUAAACACGACUUCAGAAUACGGGCCUUUGUGUUUUGUUGUAAUGAUUUUAUAUAGGCCUACGAACUUGCUGAAAGACAGUCUAACUUCUUUUUAUUCCUUAUUGAAACUAAAUAAACAAACAAACAAACCCGACAAGGGACUGACGGUUUGUAAGCUAUGCUUCUAACAUUAGUUCCUUCUUUUUAAUCCUGAUUUGACAACGAUUCCAAUCUACAAAUGGUAUCGGCUUCAGUUCUUAUGAACUAUUCUCCCGGUGGGCCCUGCAAUUGAAAUCACAUACAUUUUUCUUAUUCUUACAAAAAGUAUGAUUUAUAUGAUUUUGUAGGUAAGGUAUAACAAAUAAAGGCAUAUUAAUCCGGAGUCUGACUCAAAAUUUACUUUAUUCAUAUUCUUAAAAAAUGGAACUGAAUACACAUUUCAAUUUCACACAGAUCAUGGUUCUGCUGGUGAUCGGUAAAUUCCUCCAUCUUUUCCAUAAUUGUAUAACAUUAAACGUCUACCUUGGAAGCUUCGCCCGGGAGCUUCGCUCACUCAUGGAGGUUUCGCAACGCGUAGAUGCAAUCGUCAGGCAACUGAUUAUUAUCCAAAGAUACGCCUAAAGCGCUAUCCACUUUUGUAAAGCUCGCAUAAAUU